GCCGGCAAAUAUGGCAGCAAUACACGUGUACUUGUUAGGAACUUUAGUUUUAAUUCUAUCUUUACAGGUUUUAGCAGGGCGGGAUUUUUAUGCAAUACUCGGCGUCCCUCGAGAUGCAACAACUAACCAAAUCAAGAAAGCGUACAGAAAACUUGCUAUGAAAUGGCAUCCAGAUAAAAAUACAGAAGACCCAACGGCACAGGAUAAGUUCCAGGAUAUAGGGGCAGCUUAUGAGGUAUUAAGUGACAAGGAAAAGAGAAGUAUCUAUGAUAAGCAUGGWGAGGAAGGUGUGUCCAAGUCUGGGAUGGGACAUGGUGAAGACCCUUUCUCUAGUUUUUUUGGUGGUUUUGGUUUUCACUUUGAUGGWGCAGAACAUUCACACAAUAGAGAAACACCACAUGGAGCCACUAUUACUGUUGAUCUAGAAGUUACUUUAGAGGAAUUGUAUAAUGGAAACUUUGUAGAGGUUCUUAGGUAUAAACCAGUAACAAAGACRGUUCCAGGAACCAGGAAAUGUAACUGUCGUCAWRAGAUGCGUACCAUGCAAUUAGGACCUGGCCGUUUUCAAAUGUCACAAGAAGAAGUUUGUGAUGAAUGCCCAGCUGUGACUUAUGUGAAUAAAGAAAAACUAUUAGAAGUUGAGAUAGAGGAGGGUAUGAGACAUGAACAAGAAUACCCCUUUAUUGCUGAAGGUGAACCCCACAUUGAUGGUGAACCUGGUGAUCUUAAGUUUAAAAUAGUUGAAUUAAGACACAAGAGAUUUAAACGUAAAGGUGAUGAUUUAUACACCAACAUCACUAUUACUCUAGAAGAUGCUUUGGUGGGAUUUGAAAUGGACAUACCACACCUUGACAAACACAAGGUUCAUAUUGUACGAGAGAAGGUAACCUGGCCAGGAGCACGUAUAAAAAAGAAAGGCGAAGGAAUGCCUAAUUAUGAAAAUAAUAAAAUGAAAGGGGACUUAUACAUAACUUUUGAUGUYGAAUUUCCCAGAGGAAACCUAUCUGAUUCAAGCAAAGAAGAUAUAAGAAGAAUUCUCGAACAGCAAUCCAAACAAACUGUUUAUAAUGGUCUAUGAUAAAACUUUUUUAAUGUAAUUUAUGCAAUGAAAAAAGGAUGUUAUGGUUUGCAAGAAUAACUACAGGGCCUUGCAAUGUAAAGAGUACCAAGGAUAUAGCCUUCUACAAGUGUACUUCUACACUUUCCUUUUGUGUAUGCAAAAACUGAAAACAUUCCAAUCUUUAUUGUGAUAUAUACUGAYAGUAUGCUCAACUCCAUUUUGUACAGACAUCCAUUGGUAGUUUUUUAGACAAUUUAUUUCCAUUUCAAUUUAUUUUCCAAAUCUUUCAGUAAAUGAGUUUUAUUUUAAGAGGCAAUUUUGUAUCUGUUUUAAAAUCAUGGAAUGCAAUGUAAGUCUUGCUUUGUAAGGAAGACAAAUUACAAUAAUUUUUACUCUAGUAAAAGUAGUUUUCACAAACUGUAAAGCAAAAUAUAUUAUAGAGAUCAUUGAUGUUUGUUUUUCUGUUCCCAAAUCUCUUAUAAUAGGGUGAGAACUAUUCCAAUUAAAGGGACAUGGUCCACCAGCAUCCCUUUCGA